AUGAUUUCAAAAGUGUUGCAGGAUUUUCUGCCUUUAGUACCCAUAGUUCUUGGUCACACCGCUUCGAAGAAUGAGGAGGUAGACCAGAAGAGUGGUGGGCAGCAAAGCAAAAACUUGGAAUUAAUUUUGAUCACAUAUGGCAAAAAAACCUUGACCGUGUUAAACCCGCUGAAGCCAGCAGAUGGCAGCAUUAUGAAUGAAACGGACCUCACUGGGCCCAUCCUGUUCUGUAUCACUCUAGGAGCUACCUUGCUUCUGUACUUCUUUUAUGAUUCAUUACCAGUUGGUUUAUAUAAACCAGCUUUUCAUAAGGCAGGAAAAGUUCAGUUUGGGUAUGUGUAUGGCAUGAGUGCCCUAGGUUGCCUAGGGAUUCACACCCUGCUAAACUUGAUGAGCUCCUCAGGGGCAUCUUACGGCUGCGUGGCGAGUGUUCUGGGUUACUGCCUGCUCCCUAUGGUCAUCCUGUCCAGCUGCGCCAUCUUCUCUUCACUGCAGGGCACCUUUGGAACUGUGUUGGCUCUGGUCAUCGUUGGCUGGUGUAGUCUCUCAGCUUCCAAAUUCUUCAGUUCAGCCUUGGGCAUGGAAGGACAACAGCUUCUUAUUGCCUACCCUUGUGCCUUACUUUAUGGACUUUUUGCCCUCCUAACAGUUUUCUGA